AUGGCCACAAUCGAAUAUCCUCCUCAUCACCACCAACUCGGUGACGCUCAUUGCACUUAUCUAUACUAUCUGGGCAGGAGAGCCGAACACUUCGACAAAGGGAUGCACACAGAUACUUUCCACGCCAUAUUACUUUCUCUGACGAUUGCUGCAGCACCGGCUCUUGAGGCGAUCAAGUACAAGACGCCAGAGCACUACAAUGCAGAGUUCAGGCAAACGAACAAGUGGCGAGGUCCGCCUGGGAAUCAUUCCAACGCUGUCGACGUCGCGUGGCAUGAGAUCGAAUUGGGCGCGGGUGGGAUCUGGGUCUCUGAGGAGGAAGUAAAUCUGUUGAACAUGACAGACUCGGCAGAGCUUCCCUUCCACAAAGUUCCCGAAGAACAAGGCGGGGGUUACCUGGCCAUGCUCGAGGUCUUCCAUCUGCUGCACUGCUUGAAUUCACUGCGAAUGGGCUUGUUCUAUAAUUACGAGCAUUAUAAGUUCCUUGACGAAGGUGUUCCCGACGAGAAUAUCUAUACUCACCAUGACCACUGCAUCGAUAUGCUCCGGAUGAACCUUAUGUGCUACGCGGACGUCACCCCGGCCCUAUUUGUCGACCCGCUCAGCAAUCCCCUGCGCAGAGACGCGCUGCCCAACUGGUCAUCUAUGCACACUUGCAGAGACUUUGACGCGAUAUUGGAUUGGAACAAGCACGGUCCUAGAUCGGUACGUUGGCGUGAUGCCGGUGCCAAUCCGGCGUGGGAUCCGAAUCUUGAGGGUGCAGAGCAACCGUUCCCGCCUGAGGGACAUGCGGAAGAAGGUCACCAUCACGGGUAG